GUUAUAAGUCAACUUUCAUUCCAAGCAGACGUGCUGGGAGUUCGGAUCGGAAAGCGGCGGGUUUUUGUUUCGCCGUUGCAGCAGUAGCAGCAGCAGCCGCAGCGUUGUUAACUCGUGCAAAUGCAGCCAGGUCGCUAGCAAAAAAAAAAGAAAUAAAAACCAACAACAACAACAAAAAAAAAAACGAGAAAUAAGUUCACGUUCAUAGAUAUAGAUAUACAUCAUAAUUAGCCUGUGGAAAUUCAGUGUGAAUGCAAAGUGAAACCUUAAUGAACGCAGCACGAUCGCUCACGCCAUAUCUUUUAAAAAAUAUAAAUAUAAAUAAUCGACACAAGUGUAUGCAUAAAUUAAUCGUCGGUGAUGCCACAACAAAAACACAAACAACAUUAUUACAAUACAUAAGGCAAAAGCCAAAGCUAAAGCUAAAGCUAAUCAGUAGCCAAAGCCAACGGCAUUAUAAUCAACAACAACAACAACAACAACAACAACCAACAGCAUCAUCAUCAGGCGCAUUUGCAGCAUCGGAAACGCGGCAUCAGGAAAAUUCAAAUUCAAAUUCAAAUUAAAAAAAAAAAAAAAAACAUUAACAGCUGGCAACAGCAAACAAUGUUUUACUGCAACAUAUUGUUGAAAACAUCAACAUCAGCAUCCACAUCCACUGCCACAUCCCAUCGCAACCGCACUCGGUUGGCUUUUCAAAGAGCCAUGACUUCUCCAAAUGCAAUGAACCUCAUUAUGCCGCUGAUGCUGUUGGCUCUAUGCACAGCUGGAAAUUGCCAAAUUUGCGGUCCGCCGGCGGUGCCGCUGAAUGCCAAGGUGCGAACCGUCACCGUGGACUCCCAGAUCACGGAGGCGCACUACGAGUGCGAUGCUGGCUAUGAGCUGUUUGGCUCGGCGUCGGUCAAGUGUGACGUCCGGACCGGCUGGGAACGGGAUCUACCCUUCUGUGGUGUCAAUGUGGCAUACCGCAAGCCGGUCAACCAGAGCUCCUACACCAGGAGCGGUCCGGCUUACUAUGCGAAUGAUGGCAAGCCGGGAAAUAAGAAUCCCGAUGGCCAGGAGUGCUCUGAGACGCAAAAGGAGCCCUCACCCUGGUGGCGCGUUGACCUCUUAACCCCACAGGCAGUGCACGUUGUCCGCAUAACCACACGUGGCUGCUGUGGCCACCAGCCACUGCAGGAUCUUGAAAUCCGAGUGGGUAACAGCAGUGCGGAUCUGCAAAGGAAUCCACUGUGUGCCUGGUAUCCCGGAACCCUAGAUGAAGGCGUUGUCAAGACAUUCACCUGUGCCCGUCCUUUGGUUGGCCAAUAUGUGGCCAUUCAAUUGGUCGGAGUCGAGGGCAGCUUGAGUCUCUGCGAAGUGGAGACCUUCACCAACGAUGAAUUCUCCGUGGAUCGCUGUUUGAGUCCGAAAAUCGGUGUGGACACCGUGGUAACGACAUUCUCGAAAACCUGCUACGACUUUCAUAUCACAAAAGGAGAAAGCUUCGACAAGGCGCAGGCCAUUUGCAAGCAGACAGGGGGCGACUUGGUACACGACUUUCGUGGCGCCACCAGUCAAUAUAUCUUGUCCGAGCUGGAGCGCCGGAAGAGCGAACUGAAGCCGCAGCUAGUUUGGAUUGGUGCCCAAAAGGAGCCGGGCAUUACAUCUCGUACUUGGAAAUGGGUUACCGGUGACGUUGUCCAGAAGCCAACUUGGGGAAAGGAUCAACCGAAUAACUACAAUGGUGAACAGAAUUGCGUUGUACUCGAUGGGGGUCGAAAUUGGCUAUGGAACGACGUGGGCUGCAAUUUGGACUACUUGCACUUCAUCUGUCAACACACUCCAUUGUCUUGCGGCUCACCGGAUGCCCAGCAAAAUACCACUGUCAUGGGCAAAAAGUUCACUCUCGGCGAGAAAAUCCAAUACAAUUGUCCCAAGGGCCAUUCGCUGCUCGGUCAGACGGAACGGGAGUGCAGACUCGAUGGUACAUGGAGCGGCUCAUCGCCGACGUGCAAAUACGUGGACUGUGGCAGUCUGCCGGAGCUGAAAUUUGGAUCCAUUCAUAUGUCGGAGGACAGGACAAGCUUUGGCGUGGUGGCCACAUAUAGUUGCCAUGAGAAUUACACUUUGAUUGGCAAUGAAAACCGGACAUGUGCAGUGGACGGAUGGAGUGGUAAGCAACCGGAAUGUCUAGUGGACUGGUGUCCAGAUCCUCAGCCAAUUAAUGGAGGCAAUGUCCGGUUUAAUGAUAAGAGAGCUGGAUCGACGGCCACAUAUGUUUGUGAACCAGGAUAUGUGCUAGUUGGAGAGGCGAUAAUCUCCUGCGGUCUUGGUGGUGAAUGGUCAAGCAAGACUCCCUCUUGUAGAUUCGUGGAUUGUGGAGCUCCGGCACGACCAAAUCGUGGUAUAGCAAUCCUUUUAAAUGGCACCACCACAGUAAACUCUGUGGUUAAAUACGAAUGCGACGAGGAUCACUGGCUGGAUGGCCAGUCAGAGCUCUUUUGCACCCGGGAUGGAAAGUGGUCUGGCGAGGCGCCUGUUUGUGAACUAGUCACCUGCGAAACUCCUACUGUUCCAACGGGUUCCUUUGUCAUUGGAUAUGACUAUAAUGUCCACUCAAAGAUUCAGUAUAAUUGCGAUCCAGGACAUAUCAUGCAUGGUACUCCAGUGCUGGAGUGCUUGGACAGCGGGGAAUGGAGUGCUGAUGCUCCUUACUGUGAAUAUAUCGACUGUGGCCAGAUCCUGCCCAUUCCCUAUGGCAGUCACAAGUACCUGACCAACACCACCUAUGUGGGAUCCGAAGUGGUAUUCAGCUGUUCCCAGUCCCAUAAGCUCAGUGGUGUCCUGAAGCGCCAGUGUCUGGAAUCAGCUGUCUGGAGUGAUUCAUCACCCAAGUGUGAAGAGAUUCGCUGUCCAGAACCUAAACUGGCUGCCCAUAGUCUGUUGUCCGUAACUGGCAAUGAUCGCAUGUACGGAAGGACUCUUAUCCGGACAUCGGAAUCUUCGCAGAAUACAGCUCAGACUUAUAAAAUUGGAGCCCUGGCUAAGUACCGAUGCGAACGUGGCUAUAAGAUGGUUGGCGAGGCACUGGCCACCUGCACGGAUAGUGGACAAUGGAGUGGAACCAUACCAGAAUGUGUCUAUGUGGAGUGUGGAGCUCCCGAGAACAUCAACAAUGGCAAGGUGGUCCUCGCCACCAAUGCCACCUAUUACGGAGCCGCUGUCCUCUACGAAUGCAAUGUGAACUUUAAGCUGAAUGGAGUCUCCCGGAGAUUGUGCACGGAGCAUGGAAACUGGAGCCACGAGACACCGGAAUGUGUGGAGGUCGUCUGCGAUACGCCUAAUAUCAGUGAGAAUCUGAUUGUCGAGGCUGGUCCUCGGGCCGUGGGAUCUGUGGCCACCUUUAAGUGCUCCAAGGGCAGAAUCAUGAUGGGCAAUGACACGCGUGUCUGUCAGAAAAAUGGCAAAUGGGCGGGCAAAAGUCCCACCUGCAGGCCUGUCGAUUGUGGACGCCCACUGGCCAUUGAGAAUGGUCGGGUGAUUGUGGUCAACGACUCGACGUUGUAUGGCGGAUCCGCCGAGUACCACUGUAUUCCCAACUACAAUCGAAUUGGUCAGUACCUGCGCAAGUGCACCGAGGAAGGAGCCUGGAGUGGCAAGCAGCCACGCUGUGAAUUGUCCACGACGGAGGGUCAUGAGACCUCAGAGCUGGGAACUGGCGUGGGCAUUGGUGCCACUGUAAUUGUGGCUCUGUUAGUGAUCUUUGGAUUGAUUUUCCUAUAUCGGAAUAAGGCAAGACCUGUGAAAAACACGGAAAAUGUCCAGGCGGCAGAGACAAAGGACGAACGUAAUGCCGCCGUUAUGUCAUAUUCCACGCUGGAGGCCAACAAUCGGAUGCACAUGGACAACAAUCCGUCAGCGACGUUCAACACGUUUCACGGAGGAGCCGGCGGACGUAACAAUGCCGGCGGUAAUCCAGAUGCAACUGGGAAUGGUGAAAGACUGAACAACAAUCGGUCGGAAAACAUUUACGAUCAAAUACCAAACGAGCAAUUCUACGAUGCUCCCUACGAGAUGCGGACCAAUGACGAAGUCUAUGAACCAGAGCCGGUGGCCAGUAAUGUUAUAACCAUCAAUGGAAUAUCCGUGAGAUAGAGAUAUAUAACUAGAUAUAGAUAUAUCAAAAUCCAAAGGAGAAACCGGAUGGCAGCAUUAAUUAACGAGCGUUUAACGUUAGUUUUGUGUUAAUAACUGUACAUAUUAAUUUUUUAAGGGAGGUUUUGAGUUACUCGUAGUUUGCCUAAAUCUAAAACUUGGUCACCCUCUAUGCACACGUACUGUAGUGGCUCUAACUAGUAGCUAACUAGGUCUAUAUACCGAAUAAUCUAUCUAUAUAUACAUAUAUAUACAUAUACUUAACAAAUAUCUAAAUGAUGUACUGAAAUCGACUUUUCGAGUAGGAAUUUUUCGAACAAUGAGCUGAAAGUUAUACCCAUUUUCCGCUCUUUCUCUAUAUAUAUAUAUAUAUAUAUUCAUUACUCGUAUUUGUUUGUGUUGUUUAAAUUAUUUUAACUAUUUUAGUAAAGAGUGAACAAUUUUUUUGUUAUGCAAUGUGUAAGAACUCGCCAAUGUGUGUGUGUAAAAGCGUUAAUUUUACGAACAAUUAAACGAUUGUGGUUGACUAA